AUGGCUUCACUAUUGGACAUGGACGAGGAAGACAACGAGGCCGAGCAGGACUUUCUUGAUCUGGAAGAAAAAGAUGACGCGAGCGAUGGAAAUGAAGUCGAAGAAAACGAAGAGCGCUUUAUUCGAAGCGUAAAUCGAACGGCAUCGACUAAGAACGAGAAGCAGCUGCAGCCACCGAAAAAGGAUGGAAAUGUGAAAAUGAUGGCACUUUUUAGUCCGCAGCACCAAUCGAUGGCCAAUACAAACGCUGUCAUGGCUUCAAAUGGACAUGUGACAUUAGCAACACUGGAGGCUGAAGUCCAGUGCAUUAUUUGUCGCAACGCUCUGUUUAAGCCAGUGUCAGUUGUGUGUGGACACUCGUUCUGCCGCGUGUGUCUCCUGGACUCGCUCUUGACUCGACCACUCGAAGAAGCGCAAUGUCCCGUCUGUCGCAUGGACAUUUUGAAGCCGUUCGCUUCACAAGCGACGUCGAUGUCGAUGUUUUCAAUCAACGUCACAUUGUGGAACCUCGUGCAGCUCUUGGUUCCAGCGGUCGCAGAGAGAAAAGUGACAUAUCAACAAGAGGAAGACCGAGAGUUCGAGCACAAGAUUGAGCAGCUGGAUGUGAAGCGGAAGAUCUUAACUCUUGGCGAGCGAGCUGCAAGCUAUCACGGGGAUGAGGGGCACGAGAGGUCAAUUGGCCGAUGGGACGAGGAUCGGGAAGGACACGAGGAAUAUCCGGUGCUGAAAGUCGAAAACACUGAUGAUGGUGAACUACACGUGUCGAGAAACGUCGUGCUCGAUACAAGCGACGAAAACGAAGAUGGGUAUGCCAACAUGCGCGUUGGCAUCGCUAUUGUGGAGUUUCCCAGCAUCCUUGAAUCGUACAAUGAGCACCAGGAGUGCUCUGUGAACGUGAUCAAAAUGGAAGAAGACGAGGAAAUCGCAGAUGGGAUGCCGUUUUUCAUGAACGAUGAUGGCGAUGACGAUGCCUUGGUUUGUAGCUCCUACUACAACGAAAUUAGUCUAUGUGUCUGUGACGAAGCGGGCAACUGCGUGAUGGAGCGAACGCGUGGAGCACAAGGUGGUGCAGUGACUUUCCCAGCAUUGCGGCUUGACGUUCCUGGUGGUGUGUAUACAUUUCGCUUUUCCGACAACCUUUACGGUCUAAAGCUCAGCAUCACUACCCGCUUGCGUGAGCCGCAUGAAAUCUCCGACACUCCUGUGGCCGAUUACGUGAGUCUCAUCCAUGAUAAGGCGAGAGAUGCCAGUCGCCGCAAUCGUCAUGCACAGGAUCAUGACAGCGAUUGCGAAGGCAAGUUUAGUGAAGAAGGAAACGAGUCCGACAACUCCUUCAUCGUUGACGAUCUCAAUGAAACCGAGCAGCCUACUGGCAACUUGAGUAGCGAUGAAUACGAAGAUAACAGGGGAUUUCAUUCUGACGACGAAGCGGCAAUGGAGAGCGAUGGCGAAGAGCGAAUAGGAAGUCGAUCUAUUCGAGUUGUUGAAGACGGUGUGUUUUCCGUCGAUGAAGAUACUGACCAGAAGGACCAUGACGAUGUAGCUGAAGAAAGUGACAAUGACGAGGAACAGCCGAAUGUCCAUCAAGUUGCUCGGCCGCGUCGGCGAAAAAACGCGAACCAGAUCUUGGACAGCGACGACGAAGAUGUGCAUUCAUUGAUCAGAGAGCAAAGCGAGGACGAAGAAAAGGACCGAGGUCUCAAGACGAAGAAUCGGACGACGUACAGCAACAAGUCCUUGAGUCGACGGCAGUGUCUCAUCCCGACCAAGUUGACAAAAGUCUGGAGAGUCGAUCACGAAAACGGGCCCGAACAGUUCAACUGGUCGAUGAAGUCAAGGGUGACAAAGAGCUCAGGCCAAUGGAACGAGCCGUUUGUGGAACGGAACAAGAGACGGAAGGUAUGUAUGAGGACAAUAAUGAAGGCAAAGAGGUCUGCAAUGGGUUGCAAGCACGGCACCUGGACCACUUUGAUGACAAAAAAUACAUUGGAAGAUGAAGUUGCUAUGGAAGAAGAGGAUGAGGAAGAAGUUGCUGGAUAUGAUGAAGCUGAGGAUGAGGAUAGUGAAGAUGGAUAUGGGGAAGGUGAAAAAGAUGACGACGAGGAUGUGAUGGACAGUGACAGAGAGUAG